UCUUCUUCUAUUUCUUUGAUGUGAACUAAUUCCUUGUUCAAAUUAUACGCUUAUUUACCCAGAGAGCCAAGAAUUUAUGUGACCAAAGUUCUCAGGGAUUCAGGAUUUAAGUUGUACAACCACUACAGCAUAAGCUUGGUCUUUUUGUAAAAUUGAUUACAAUUUAAAUAUUAUUAUCUUUACUAUAAAAUGCCAUCUUUACGUAAACCAAUCAAUCAAUCAGAUUUUUUCUCUGGAUCCUGUUACAAUUAUUCUGUAUUUCAGAUGAGCUUCUAGCUACAAAAUGGCAGACAGGAAUUCAGACAGUAAAUCUAGUUUGCCUAAGGCGUAUGAUGUAGAGGCCCGGGAGCGAGAGGAGAGAAAGAGGAAGAGAAGGGAUGGGGAGGAGGGAAGAGAAGAUUUUGAUUCCUUCCCCGUGAUGAUGUCCUUCAAGGCGUUCCUGGAGACUCAAGAUGAUAGUAUAACUGAUGAAGAAGCGCUGGCCAAGUAUGGUGAAUACAAGCUUGAAUUCCGACGCCAGAAAAUCAAUGAAUUCUUCGUCUCGCACAAGACCCAAGAAUGGUUCCGACUAAAAUACCAGCCUCAAGAGCUCCAGAAGGCUACAAAGAAAGCACAGAAGGCGAUCAGGAGGCGCUGUGAGAUCUUCCAGGAGUUGUCUGACAAGGGGUUUCUGGAGGGGGUCUCCUGCGACGAUGGAAAGGAGAUGGAGAUUAUCAAACUCUUAGACUCAGUUGUUAUUCUGCUAGAGGGAGGUAAUUACGAGGAUAUUAAGAACCUGGACUUGGAACAGAAUAACAAUGAUGCCGUGAAGCACAAGUCUUCUAGUAUUUUCAUCAAGAACCUUCAUCCUUCCAUCACACGAGACGACCUGCACGGGAUUGUGUCAAAGUAUCCAGGAUUUCUUCGUCUCGCCAUUAGCGAGGCCGACGCAAAGAUUGGUUUCUCCCGUCGUUGUUGGGUUAGUUUUCAGAGGAAUGCGAAAAUCCGUGAAAUAUGUUUCGCACUGAACAACGUACAGUUAAAGGGAUUGGAAUUGCAGGCGGUGGUCAACAAGGACCUGUCCAGGAGAACCAGGACAACAGAGGACAAGGUUAACCUUCAGAAAGUUCUGGAAACCGAUUUCAACACUGCCCUGGCCAUUAUCAAAUUUCAGGAUGAAAAGCAUGGUGUAUGGGUCGAGGAGGCACCUGAACCUGUUAAACCUGCCGAGGGAGAUGCUACUCCUGAAGUUAAGGUUGAGAAGGUCGCUCCAGCAGUUCGUGCUAACCCGUUGAUGUCCGAGGUUGAGAAGUCAAAGGAUAAUAUUGCUGACCUUAAAUCUGCUCUGGACAAGCUGGUUCUAUAUCUCAGGGUUGUGCAUAGCAUAGACUUCUAUGGUCAGAAAGAUUAUUCUGGAGAGGAUGAAAUGCCAAACAGAUGUGGAUUGAUUCAUGUCAGGCCAAGUACGUGUGCUGAUUACGAUGAAGCCGAAGUUUGUAAGUUCCUCAACUCCAGGGUUCCUCUCUACUCCACCUUUACUACCAAUAAGAUCCAGAUGGAUGAAGCCGAGGCUAAGAAGCUGGGACUGAAGGAUGAAGAUUUUGAAAUAGAGAAGUUUAUAUCCGCCAACAGUCAAGAGCUUGCUAAGGAUAAAUGGUUGUGUACUCUAUGUUAA